AUGGCUAAAUUAUACCAAAAAUUACAGAAUUCACUUACAAGUUAUGGCAAUAGACCUAAAACAAUUCUAACAGAACAAAUUUUCGGCGAAUCUGUAUACAUCUUUCGUGGCCAACAUAAAGAAAUACCAGCAUGGUACUAUGUUCUUGUUCCUCUUAGUAAAGUUGCUGAUGCAGAAGCUUUAAAAUCAGACAAAAGUAUUAAUGUCACAGACUUUGGCCGUGUGAUUGAAUAUCUUGAUAAUCGAGGUAAUACUAAACAAAUGUUUGGAUUGGGAAUUGAUCCACCCAAAAUGUUUCAAACAUGGAUUAUAGAGCAUUAUGGUAAAUAA